AUGGAGAUGGGUGGGGGGGAUGAGAGAUGGGAUGCUCAAAUAGUACGAGUAGGCGCCUCGCCAGCAACAUCCUUGGCCGCAUCGGCAUGCUUUCUCGACGACGACGGAGCCGGGCUCGGACUGGGACUGGGGCUGGGGCUCGAGCUCGAGCUCGAGCUCGCGCUGCCAGAACUUCUGCUGCCCUCCUUCCCCCUCCUUCUGCGGCCCACCAGCCCGGACAAACUCUCGCUCAUAUCCUGCAAUUUGGCCUUCUUGGCCUCCACACUCGCCUGCCCGCCCAGCACUUCCCGAACCUCCCUCCCCGGCUCAGCCUCCUCAAUACCACUCAACAACGGCUCUUGA